AUGUCGUCGACGAUCGCGCGCACCGCGCGGUCGAUCACCGCGCGCACCGCGCGAUCGUUGCUCACGCCGGCGCCGUCGACGUCGGCGCCGUUCGAACGCGGCGCCGCGCUCGCGAAUCGUCUUCACCGUCACGGCCUCGACCAUCAACGACGCUUCGCUUCGUCGUCGCCGCGCGCACGCGUGGACGCGAACAAAGGACCGGUGGGGUGGACGUCUCUGGCGUUGGUGUCGCUCACGGGCGCGACGUGUUUGUACUUUUACGACCGCGAGAGGCAGCGACGCGUCGACGGAGUCCGCGCGGCGAAGACGCAGAGCAACGGGUUCCAGACCAACGUCGCCGGCGGUAAGGCGAGCGUGGGAGGCGCGUUUCGAUUGACGGAUUCGCGCACGGGUAAGGCGUUCACCGACAAAGACUUACUCGGGAAGUGGGCGAUGCUGUAUUUCGGGUUCACGCACUGCCCCGAUAUUUGUCCCGACGAACUCGAAAAAGUAGCCGAGGUGACGACGUCCAUCAACUCGACGCUCGAGAAGAAACACGACGGGACGGCGGCGCGUUUAGUGCCGGUGUUCAUAUCGAUCGAUCCGUCGCGAGACACGGCGAAGCGCGUGAAGGAGUACGUGAAAGAGUUUCACGCCGACAUGAUUGGGUUGACGGGGAGCGAGAAACAGUGCGAAGACGCGGCUCGGAAAUACCGCGUGUAUUAUCGUAAAACGGGCGACGAAGCCGCGAAGGAUGAUUACUUGGUCGAUCACUCCAUCAUCACGUACUUGUUGAAUCCCGAAGGCGAGUUCGUCACCUUUUACGGCAAGAACACGACGGAGAAGGAGGUCAUCGCGAGCGUGCGCGGCCACAUCGAGGCGUACGAAAAUCAAUAA